AUUACGAGGAAAGCUAGUCUCCUACGUGAUGUCUUCAAGGCUAUGUUUGUUUAUUAGUGUAUCACUGCUAAAAUCCAUGUUUUCUAAACAUACUAAUAUUUAUCUAUCAAAAGAAAGAACAACACAAUUCAAAGAUAAUUAUCCAAUUCAAUUAUUUUUAAUGAUGGUUUAAUUAAUACUCGAUUCCGGCUUCUCGCUGAUAACACAGACCACUCGUGUGUGCAAGUCUGUUUACUGUCAUUAUGAUAUCGAAUGCCAGAGUUCAAAAUAUUUCGCUGGAAACAAGGAUCCGCUAAUAUUUGUCUCUACUUAUUCAAGGUAUUAUUUCAUUAUUCGCCCUACAUUUUCGUUUCAUUACUUGUUCAAAAUUUAACCAUUAAUAGAUAUAUACAUAUUUUUAAGACCAUCAAAAAAUACAUGUAUCUUACAACCAUACAUGGAUAUGUUUUACAGUUUUUAAUAAAAAGAAAAAAAUUAUGAAUGUUCAAAAAAUGAUUAGAACGAGUAAUCCUAAACUCUUAAAAACUUUGUAGCGAAAACUGCUCCCUAAAAAAUUAGUAAACAAUAAUUAGACAAAAACAAUAUUAUACCGCAUCCAUUUUACAUUAUCAUCCAGUAUUGAAUCGAUUUUCGCCAUAUCACAUCAUGGUCAUAAAAAAUAUCUUGAAUAAUGUAUUAGGUAAACAUUCAGCUCAUUUGAAUUUCCGAAUUCGAUUUAAGUCGGACGUGAUCAUUGUCUUUAAAAUAUUCGUCAUUGUUCAUAUGAAUCCCCAGCUAGUAUAAGAUUCAUUUAUUGUGUAAGCAGCUAUCAUUGUGAGAAGUCAACAGUCGACUUACUGAAGAGUGCAUUUUGUAGAAGCCAUGGAGUUCAAGCCUUUCGAUGUGGAAAGCUUAUGGAAAAGAGCGAAUCAGCCAAAUUUUUCAAGCCUUGUUUGGGAAGAGUACUUUCUCAUUACUAAUAGACAGAAUCCAGGUACGUGGAAAGCUUUUGAAGUCCUAGGCAAUAGAGAUAAGAAUCGCAGCAACUACAUUCCAUGUUGGGAUAAAACUCGGGUGAGAUUAUCUCAGAAUAAAAAUACUCCAUCGAGUUACAUUCACGCCAACUAUGUGAAUGGAUUCAAAAACAAGAAGAAAUUUAUCUGUACCCAAGGACCUAUGGCUCAUACAGUUAAAGACUUUUGGAAAAUGGUGUGGAUUAAGAAUUGUCGUAUCAUAGUCGUGCUGAUAAAUUCAGCUGAUAAUGAUAAAGACAAUUACUAUCAGUACUGGAGUCUUCAAGAAAGGGGUCAAGUGCAAGCCGGACAUUACAAAAUCAAAACAUUGAAAAUUAAUGUAUUACCUACUUUUAUUCUGACAGUGUUAAAAUUAACUGAUGAGCUAACUGGAACAUCACGUAAUGUCUAUCAUCUUUUGUACACAAAAUGGCCGGAAAAUGACUAUCCUGACGUAAAAAAGUUUUACCUGUUUGUGCUACAAGUCAACAAAGUGCUUAUAACAAUUAGACAAAUGGCAUCGAUUUCUCAUCAAAUUCCACCGGGUCCUGUUGUUGUGCAUUGCAGUGCAGGAAUUGGACGAACUGGAACUUUCUGCGCGAUAGACAAUGCUUUGUUCAAAUUAGUGAAAACUAAAAAAGUGUCUUUACCUCAAAUUGUAACAGAGAUCCGGCACCAAAGACACUCAAGCGUUGUUAUUCCCGAGCAAUAUUUUUUUUGCUAUCGUGUGCUGAUAUAUUUGGUGUCAAUAAUGAUUAAGAAUGAAGUUUUAUCGGAAUAG